AUGGAACCUGGAGAAGUCUUGGACCAUGGCACCGAACAGGCCUUUUUUGAUCCCACCGGGGAUUGGGAAGCGUUUGUCGAUUUUUGCACUCCCGAACAUGCUGUUCGCACUCAGUUUGCCAUACUUAUCGGGUGUCUUAGCGCCCACCGUGAUCGCCUGGCGGAAUGUCGCAAUCCACCUUCGGAAUCACAUCUCGUCUGUUGGGCUUUGGAUCGCAUGGGAAGCCCAAUGUCCGACUUCCUCAGGUGGUCGCUGACUCGAGAAGAAGGGCCACAAGAACUCUGGACAAUCGAUAUCCUAGAGGAGCAUCUGGUCCUCUGGAGCAACGUUUUCGAAAGCGGUCCAGCUAAACACUACGAGGAACAUGUCAUACGCUUGAAGUCGUCGCUGCACCCCAAUCAGAACGCCACGAACGGGCCUAGUAUUGCCCAUGCCUUUUCUUCCGAUUCCAAACACAGGCGUUGGGCAUAUCAGUUAUGGAAAGUGUUUUGGUACAAACAUUUUGAAUAUGUGGCCAAGUCCCAUCAGCCCGACGACGCGGAAAUGACAGACGCACCAUAA